AUGAACGGGGUCAACGUCCUUGACCGCUUGAACGUGCUCGAGGAUCUCGUCAAACUUCAUCCCGGAUUUGUCGUGCCUGAACCCGAGACACUUGUGGCCAAUACCGAUGCACCAUCCAUUGCUGUGGACAACAACGGCACCCUCCACAUCAACGCCUCAGGUCGCAUCCUGAUCAACGGCGCUGAUCUCGCCGAGCGCUUUACCCUGCUUGAAGCGUUGGCUCAGCUCCACCCCGAUCUGCCACCGCCUCCACCCAACGAGCAUCAGAGCAAUGUCACCGAGCCCUCCAUCUCCAUCGGCGACAACAACUACCUGCUCAUCGACGCCACCAAUGGCAUUCUGAUUAAUGGCGUCGAUGCCUUGGAGCGGCUGCAAGUUGUAAAAUCGCUGGUGCAGCUCCACCUCGAAUCACUGGUGCCGCAGUUUGAGAGGCGUGCCAUUUCCACCACCGCCGACGGAGCAUCUGUGGUGCUUGCAGUCGACCUGGACAACGACGGCAACGUGGAUGUCCUCGGUGCCAGCAUAGAGGACAGCACCAUUGCGUGGUUCCGCAACAGUGGAAACGGCUCUUCUUUCCAGCGAAACGUCAUUACGGCCUCUGCAGUCGAUAUCGCGUCAGUGCAUGCGGCAGACCUGGACGGCGAUGGCGACAGCGACGUCCUCAGCGCCAGCUUUAUCGAUGACAGAAUUACGUGGUACCGCAAUAACGGAAACGGGACAUUUGAUGAUCAUGUUACCAUUACCAACGCGGCUACUGAAGCGCGCUCAGUGUACGCAGCGGAUCUGGACAAUGACGGCGACCUCGAUGUCCUGAGCGCCGCCUAUGGUAUCGACACCAUUGCGUGGUAUCGCAAUGAUGGCACCUUUUCCGGCCCAAUUGUCAUCACCAACGCUGCCAACGGCGCGUUCUGCGUACAUGCAGCUGACCUUGAUAACGACGGAGAUAUGGAUGUCCUCAGUGCUAACUCAGUUGGCAAUACGAUCACCUGGUACCGCAACGACGGCACGGGCGUGUUUCCGCAGACACUGUUCGUUGCUUCCUCUGUCGAUAGCCCGCGAUCCGUCUAUGCAGCAGAUCUCAAUCAGGAUGGCUUCUUGGAUGUCAUCAGUGCCAACAGUGGCGACAAUAGUAUCGCAUGGUACCAAAACCAGGGUGGCACUGGGUUUUCAGCGCCACAUGUCAUCACUACGACUGCCUCCUAUGCCUUGGCAGUCUACGCAGCGGAUCUGGAUCAAGAUGGGGACAUGGACGUUCUCAGCGCUAGCGUAGUUGAUAACAAAAUUGCUUGGUAUCGCAACAAUGGCCAAGGCUCCUUUUCCAGCCCUUUUGUCAUCUCGACCUCCGCCCUUUACGCGUAUUCAGUCUACGCUGCAGACCUGGACCACGACGGUGAUUUGGACGUACUCAGUGCCAGCAAUUCCGACAACACGAUUGCGUGGUACGCCUCCAAUAGCCAACAGAACGACAGACUCCGAGACAGUAUCCGGACGUGA